GUGAUUGGCAGCAGCGCCGGCCUGUGAGCCCGGGCGCCACGAAGAGCGUGAAACAUGGCCGAGCUGGGUGCUGCCGCUGGUGCUGCUGCUGGUGCUGACGCUGGCGCUGCCGCGGGCGGGGAUGCCGCCGCCGGCGCUGGCGGAGGCUGCUACUGCCCCGAGAACCUGGCUGAGGAGAGAGAGUCUAAGCUGGCCAUCGACGUGUUUGAGAAGCUGAAGGACCUCCAAUGCCCCUUAAUGAGGGGUCUUCACAUCAAACAACCGGAGACUGUGAAACAACUGCUGUGUACUCCCUCGAAGUACCGCAUGGAUAUCCUGCAGUGGAUGUAUACACGGGCCUGUCCCUCCUCGGCACCAGUUCUUAACCCAGCAAGCAGGACCCCAGAGGAAGCGAAGAUCCAGGUGAUGCUGUCAGUGAGCCGUGAGCUGAUGCUGAUUGGGCCGGUUACCUCGGACAUCCUGUUGGGCCGGGGCGGCACCCUGGAGCAGCUGCGCGUCAUGGAAGAGCUGCUGGACGCGGUCCGGAGCAUGGCCACCGGAUGCCUCAUCAUGUCCAGUGUGGAGAGGCAGUUCAAGAAGACCAGGGAGGAGAACGAGAAGAUACUGGGGACCCUCUUCUCCAGCCCCCAUCUGCGCAGUCUCCUGAGACCUGACUGUAAAGCACGUGUGAACACCAGUGUUUACGACAGCAAGAGGAAGGUGAAUGAGGACAAGACUGUGCUAGUGAUGGUCAAGCAGCUGCAGGAGAGCGUGGACAAGCUGGAGCUCCUGCGGGCGGAGCACAAGAGAGCGGUUGGUAGGGGCAGUGCCGAAGCUGGCAUCCUGGAGCAGAAGCUGCGCCUGGUCAUCUCUGACUUCCACCAGCUCGUCCUGGCUUUCCUGCAAGUGUACGACAAGGAGCUGAGCGAGUGCUGCAGCAUGGAUUGCCCCUUCAUCCACCCGCUGGGCCCCAUCAUCGAAACCGUGUGCAGGACUCUGAUUUCCUGCCGCAAACUGCUGAAAGCAGUGUUGGACGUCACUGAAACCUCAUCAGACGCUGUUGAUACUGCGGAGAAGCAGCAGGAGGGUGGGCAGAACUACAGUGCCAACAUGGCGAUGAGUCUGGCCUCCAAAAUGGAAGAACUAAUCCAGAAGUAUAAGCUCUUCAGUGUGAGUCUGAAAAAGAGACUCGAAGAAGGCUUCGAUCUGGAAGUGAUUCUCUGAAGAGGCAGCCGGGGUGAUCGGGGUGACCGAGCCAUCGGCAGGGGAAGCAGUUAUAACCCUCACGUUCUCCAGGCAUAGCCUUCAAAUGCAUGAUCCUUCAGCUCCUUGUGGGGGUGCGGGUGGAAAGGGG